AUGGGGGGUCCCAUCACCACGGUGAGACCUACCACCACGGUGGGUCUCACCACCAUAGGGAACCCCAUCACCAUGGUGGGUCUCACCACCAUGGUGAGGUUUCCCACCAUAGUGGGCUCCAUCACCAAGAACUUUUCCCACCAUUCCUAUGUGGACUCCUACCACGAUCGCUCGAUACCUCACUUCUAUGACGACUACAACCACCACAGUGAACACCACCAUGGCCACCAUGGUCACCACGGCGAGCACCACCAUGGCCACCAUGGUGAGCACCAUCACAGGGAGCACCACCACGGCAAGCACCACCAUAGUGUGCAUCGUUAUGAUUAUCUCCAUGGUGAUCACCGCUACAGGGAGUACCAUCAUGGUAGCUCCCAAGUCUUUGGCCCACGCAAGUCUCACAGUGUGGCCAAAGCCUCCUUUGGCUCUUCCCUUUCUCAUUCAGUAGCCCUCCAACCUAGCAUGGUACGGGUACAGCGCUCAGCCUUUAGCUUGACUCGUUCCCACAGUGCAGCGCGCUCACAUGAUGUGUCCCUGAGGUCCAACAAAGUCCAUCCUCAGGAUUCCUCCUCUAAAACUUCCUCGGAAAGCUGGGCAGAAGAAGAUGAGCAAUUUCAGAAGCGCAAAACCACCAGAGCUCAGCGAGCCCACAAGAGGCUGCACACUGUGGACCUCUUCUAUAGAUUGUGGGAAAAAUUAAGCUACCUCAUUAAGGGCCUCCGGAGAAUGCUUAGGAACCUGACUCAGUCCCUGCCCUUUGAAGCCUUCAUCUUCCUCGUUGUCUGCCUCAACACUAUCAUGCUUGUGGCACAGACCUUCGCUGAAGUUGAGAUCCGGGGUGAGUGGUACUUCAUGGCCUUGGACUCCAUUUUCCUCUGCAUCUACGUGGUGGAAGCUGCGCUCAAGAUCACUGCUCUGGGCUUCAAGUACUUUUCUGACCCAUGGAACAAUCUGGACUUCUUUAUCAUGAUCAUGGCUAUGCUGGACUUCAUGCUCUUACAGUACAACUCCUUCUCCUUCGUCUACCACCAAAGCGUCUUCCGGAUCUUCAAGGUCUUCAAGAGCUUGCGGGCCCUGAGGGCCGUCCGGGUCCUCCGGAGGCUCAGCUUCUUGACCAGCCUCCAGGAAGUGACCGGGACUCUGGCGCGGUCCUUGCCAUCCAUCACCGCCAUCCUCAUCCUCAUGUUUACCUGCCUCUUCCUCUUCUCUGUGGUGCUCCGGGCUCUGUUCCGUCAUUCUGACCCCAAGCGCUUCCAGAGCGUCCUCUCCACCAUUUUCACCCUCUUCACCAUGCUCACCCUGGAUGACUGGUCCCUCAUCUACCUGGACAGCCGGGCCCAGGGUGCCUGGUACAUCAUCCCCAUUCUCAUGAUUUACAUCAUCAUCCAAUACUUCAUCUUCCUCAACCUGGUGAUUGCCGUCCUGGUGGAUAACUUCCAGAUGGCUCUGCUCAAGGGCCUGGAGAAAGUAAAGCAGGAGAGGGCCGCCCGGAUCCAUGAGAAGCUACUGGAUGACUCACUGACCGAACUCAGCAAAUCAGACCCUGAAGAGGUGGUGAGUGAACACACCAAACAGAAGCAGCUCAUCGAGAAAAAAUUUGGGACCAUGACUGAGAAACAGCAGGAGCUCCUUUUCCACUUCCUGCAGCUGGUGGCCGGUGUGGAGCAUCAUCAACAGAAAUUCCGCUCCCAGGCGUCUGUUCUUGAUGAGAUUGUGGACACUGCGUUUGAGGCUGGAGAAGAGGACUUCAGGAAGUGACCCCUGGAUGCAGAGAGACACGGGAUGCGGAUUGCAGCCUCUGGCAAGCUGCCCACCGCCGUGG